UACGUUAUUCAAAUUUUGACUGCAAUUAUGACAUAAUCAACAGCAAUAGUGUCAUAGUUAUAUUAUUCAUGUUUAUUUUAUAGUUUACUCCUUUUUUAGAUAAAUGUUCGAUUUUAUAGACAAUGUUAGAAACGAAUUACUAGAAGAAUUUAUAGAAGUACUUGAUAUCAUAUCGCUGGAAAGUUUAAGCUUAUAUGAAAGAAUAACAGAAAAUCUAAUUUUAGUAUUAAGAACAAAAUUUAAGAAACCUAGAUGCGGCGAUCAUUUUUUAGUAUGAACUAGGUUAUUUAUACUAUAUUAUAUUUUAUUAAAUAAAAUUUUCCGUGGUGAUCAAUAUUUAAUUAAAGUAAAAUAUGGAAGAAGAUACGCCAGUUAUAGGAACUGAAGAGGGGGUUGUCGAGGGGGAAGCAGUUAUAACUGGAGAUGAAGCCGCAGCACACGAAGAAAUCGGUGGAGAAGGACACGAAGAAGUAGAAGGCGAACAGCUUGAAGGGGAAGGGAUAGAAAAUGAAGAUAAAGAAAAUAUAAUUGGAGAAGGUGAAGAGGUUAUGGGCGAAGAGGAAGAAAAGGGUGAAAAAAAAGAGGGAGAGGAGGAGGAGGGUGAAAAGAAAGAAGAAGAGAAACCCCCAGAAGAACAGGUGGAGGAAGAGGAAGGAUAUGUAGAGGAGCCCCCACCUGAUCCCGCAGCGCCAUUUGAGUUUAGUGAUUCCAAAGAAGCUCUCAAAGAACCUUUCCAGUUACGGCUUGACCAAUUGGCAGAAGUUGAACAACUUUGGGAGCUAUAUCAAAAUUAUACACCAGCUUACACAGAUAUUAAAGGACAUAUCACAGAAAAAGAACUGGUAUAUAUGUUAAAGUGCCUUCUUCUUAUGACGCAUACACCGGAGCAGUUACAGGAAUUAAUAGCCUUUUGUGUAAGGCCACCGCAUCCUGAAGGGCACAUUUCUUUUGAACAAUUUGUCAAAAUGGUAACGAUAAGACAACGGGAUUUCAAUGUUGAAGACGAGCUACGAGCUGCGAUGCGAGUUCUUGACCCUGAUAUGACAGGCGCAGUAGAUAGAGCAUAUUUAAGGGAAGUUCUCUCUAAGCAAGGUCACAAAAUGCCGCAAAAGUUAUUAGAUAAUCUCAUAAAGGAAGUAGACAUGUCUAAUGAUGGCACAAUAGGUAUUGAUGACGUUGUGGGCACAAUGGGAAUCGAUCUUAAUAAGGAGGACUUGGUGAUGUUAAUGGCUGCAAUCUACCCUGAUGGACAACCACAAGCGGACGAAGAGGCGUAAUAAAAAAAUUAAGUUUCUAUAAACACUUUGUAAUAAUUUAAGUAUUAUAUAGAUAAAUUAUUGGUAA